AAUAAGUGGGUUUUGCAGAAUAGAUAAACAGCUUCCUUAUAUAAAUGCAAUGCAAACAGUUGAACUCUCUAUCUAAAAAUUGUUAUUAAUAAUAAUUGGCUCAUAAAUAUCAGAUCUCCAUGAUUAAAAACACCUUAAGACAGAUGUCGAAAAUAUUUGUACAUUUAUAAGGUAAACAUUAUUCUGAAUAUGCUGUUUAUGAAAACCAUAGGAUUCUUUAAUAAACACUAGAGAUCACCCUCGACUAUCAGAUACCCGUUACUCAGCUUUAUAGUUUCUGAGAUCGAGGCGUUCAAAUACAAAUCUUGAGUGUGAGCGUUUCCGUUUUAAUAUCUUUGAUUGCGAGUUAAUUAAACUUCCCAGCAAAGAUGUUUGAUUGAACAAUUGUGCAAAUGUUAAAGUCUUGUUCCGCCCGGAUUUACAUAAUAAAUAAUCAAGUUUCAGCUCCAUAACGGAAUAGUUGGAUAACCACAAUGAUUGCCCGGUGUCUGACUUCGCUGUUCCUUGUUCAGAUUUUGGGUUUCCCUACAGCUUCGGACGCACAUCCCGACAGCGUGGAGAUACAGCCCCGCAUCAUUGGUGGUCAUGUGUCCAGCAUCAAGCAGGAGAAGUAUCUCGUACAGGUCACCACAUCCGAGGAGCUGUGUGGCGGAUCACUGGUUAAGCCCCGUUGGGUUAUCACUGCGGCUCAUUGUGUUUACAAUAAGAACAAAGAUGACUUCAAGAUCUAUGGUGGUGCCUCCAAUCAGGCUGGUCCAUAUGCCGUCAUUCGCACUGUGGACUACAUGGCGGUUCGUCCGGAUUUCAAUAGCAAAACCCUCAAUAUGGAUGUGGCUGCCUUGCGCUUGAGUUCUGAUAUGACCGGCGCUAACAUAGAGACCAUAUCGUUGGCAUCACAAUCCGUUCCAGCUCGCGUUUUGGUCAAGGUCUCGGGUUGGGGUUACCUAACUGCCGAUGCGACAAAGACUGCCGAGCGGGUGCACAGUGUCCUGGUGCCCAUGUGGUCACGCGCCUCCUGCGUCUCUGCAUUCAAAGGGAUCCAUCGCAUUACCCGCUCCAUGGUUUGCGCCGCCAAGCCGUACAAGAAGGAUUCCUGUGAUGGCGACUCGGGCGGACCUUUGGUGUAUCGCGGCCAGCUGGCGGGGAUCGUAUCCUUUGGGUAUGGAUGUGCCUCCGCUUUGCCUGGCGUUUACACCAGUGUGCCUGUGAUCCGGGAUUGGUUUCUGCGCGUCGUGGAAGAGCAUUCCUGAGUGUAAUCUUAAGUCUUAGCUUUAAGGGUCAAUAAAUAGUUCAAGUUUA